AUGAGUCAAGGAAGGGUCCCUUCUGGUUCUAGCGCUGGGGUUAGUAAACGGCGUAGUACCAAUGUCAGGGCAAGUGCAAAAACUUUGAGACAGGAAGAAGAAAGGAGGAGAAAGGAAGCAGUUAAAAAACAACUAGAAGAAGAGGAACGUAGAAAAUUCGAAAUACUCAAGUACAAUAUCACUAGGCUUAGCGGGUACAUCCAGAAGGCAGAUUUCCAUGAACAUGACCGACAUGGGUGGGCUGAACUAGUUGGAAAGCUCAAGACUGCAGAGAGGAGGUAUGAUCAAGCAGUGGAAGCAAACGUUGAUGAGCACAUACAAGGAGCUCAAAACAAAGUGGAUGAACAAGAAAUAGAAAUAGGGAUGCUGAAAGCCGAAAUCAAAGAGAUAGAUGAUAACGAAAAUUCUACUGAAGGCGACAAGGAGAAGAAAGAAAGGGCCCAGGAAACCUUAGAAAUGCUUCAGCAUGCUCAAGACGGACAGAAAAAAAAUCUAAGUGCCUGGAAAAGAAAAGAAAAGAAGACAAGCCUGAAGAACACUCUAGAAGAAAUAAAGAAAUUCAUUCACACAUUUGAAGGUGUUAGGGUACCUAUGGAUCAUGAAAUUAAAUAUGAAGAAAUGGUCGAAAUAGGGGAGGGAAUUAAGAAGACUUGGCAAUGA